ACAACAUCUACAACAUUAACAACUGCAGUCUCAAUACUGGAUCAACAUUGGACUACCUAUUUGCUUCAUCGUGUUUUAAAGGCAAGAAGAGAUCAAAAACAGACGCUCCUCAGUUGUCUUCAAAACGAACGAAUUUCAAGCCUCCUGUCGACAUUGACAAGAAGUUUACCAUCGACAGCAACAACAUAAACAGCAUGACCAACAACAAUAUUAGCAACAACACUAACGUCAACGAUAGCAUCAAUAAUAAUGCUGUCACUACCAACAACAACCAUUUCAAUAGUAACUCAAUUAAUAAUCUUCAAACUCACUCUAGCGCAUUCAACAACAACAACAACGGCUGCAACAACCUUUAUAACAGCAACACUAACAACAUCAACAACUCCAGCAAUAUCAAAACUAACAACACUCCUAAUAGAACUAUCCUCUCAUUAAAUGUCAACAAUUUACCUCUAAUCUGUUUCAACAAAAACAUUGCCAAGCAGAGCAACAACAACAUGUUGACGAGCAACAACAUCAAAAACAACAGCAACAUUAUUAAUGAUAUUGCAAAUGUCAGCAGUAAUAUAGGUAAUAAUAAUAGUAGUAGUAAUAAUGGUAGUAUUAAUAACAUUAUUAACCAAAACGCAAAUAACUGCAAUACUCUCUGUUUUCCACCGUCUUUAGCACCAAUUGGUUAUAUUUCAACAUCAUCACCAGUUGUCACUCCUAUAUCUUUCCUCUUUCCACACCAACGUCAACUCUCAAUGUUUAAACGUGCUAAUCGACGACUUAGUUACAUGGAUCACGUUUGCAACAGUAUCUUCAACAGCAUCAACCGUUACAACAACAUUAAAAAAAUCAACAUUGUCGCCGACAACAUCAGCGGCAAUACCGGUAGCAACAACAACAAUGCUAGAAACGUUAACAAUAUCAAUCACAGAAACUUUAGCAGCAAUAACAACAACAUCAACAAUAUUGGUCUCAACAGUAACAACAACUUCAUUGAUAGUCUCUGCAAUAUCAAUAGCAUUAAUAAAAUCUGUAGCAACGUUAAUGACGACAACAAUGGUACCGACGUCAAUCAGUCGGUUGAUCCCAACAGUUUUGAAUAUUUAUUGAAACAAGAUUUCAUAUUCCCUGUCAAAGUGAUUCCAAAUGAGGUGAUUGCUACUACAUGUUGCAUAUGUUGCGAUAGCCUGCAAAAUGAGUCAUCCUAUGCAAAUGAGACGCAAAAACAUCAUGAACAGCAACAAUCCUGGUCUGUUGUCUUCUUGGACAAAUGUCGCCACCAUUUUCACUUGCUUUGCUUGAAGGCAAUGUACGAAGCUGGAACUAAGCAUGGGAGCCUGCAGUGCCCACACUGCAAGCACAUAUACGGUGUCAAGGUCGGCAACUGUCCCGCCGGUCGGAUGGUGUGCGUCACCAUUCCUCAAUCUCUCCCCGGCUAUGAACAGUAUGAUACUUUGUACAUCACCUACAACAUCUUGUCUGGCGUUCAGGAACCAGGGCAUCCAAAUCCUGGCAAAAAAUACUCAGCUCGAGGUUUUCCAAGAUGUGGUUACUUGCCAAACAACAAAAAAGGACAAAAGGUGUUGCGACUGUUAGUAAAGGCCUGGAAUCGUCGACUAACCUUCACGAUUGGAACAUCUGUCACCACAGGAGAAUCGAACACGGUCGUCUGGAAUGAAAUCCACCACAAAACUGAAAUGCUGAACAAACACGGGCACGGCUAUCCCGAUGCAAAUUAUCUUGAUAACGUCAUUUCUGAAUUGGCCGCUCAAGGGGUGAUCGACGACAAUGCUGACGACGACGAUGCUGACGACGACGAUGCUUUUUUGAAUGACUGAUACUGUUCAAAUCCAGUUAUUUUGGUAUUGUUAUUUAGUAAAUAAAUGUUUUAGAACGAUCUUGAAAAACAUUUUGACGACCCAUCAUGUUAUUCUGUAUUUUGCCAUUCAAAGGAUGCCCUUGUAAUCAUGCAAAUAUUUAUUUACAGUUCAUUUUUCCAAGUGAUUAGAAUGUUUUGUGUGAUUUUUUCUGUAAUAGGCGUUUUUAAUGAUUUACUCGUUUGCAUAAAUUUAUUUAAUUUAUUUCACUUCAGUAAAAAUAACGAUUUUUUAAAUUACUAUCUAUCUUAAAUGAAUAUGUGUGUAUGU